ACAAAAAGAAAAGAAAUAUAACAGUAAUAAUGUAUCUUUUAUGAAAUUUCAAUAAUGUAAUCUUCAUCUUCAUUAGCAAUACUCAUAGUAAAUAUCGUUGUUCUUUGAAUUAGCGCCCCUUUUCUCAAAAAAACGAAGAAGGGGCGCUUAUUUAGGAAGAGACUUUUAUUAACAAUUUUUUUCCUCGCUCAUUGGCCACGGGGUGGUUAGUCUGGCAAUUACGGUAAUGCGUCAUGUCGAAAAGAUUUUGAUAGCAGGUGUAAAUAAAUAAAAUGGUUUCGCAAGACAGAUUUUUGUUAUGGGAGAAAAAACGGAAUUCAACGUACAUUGUGUUUUUGGUUUUGUACUUCUUAAUGGGCUUAGAACUUGGAUGUGUUAAUGCAACGCUAUGGAUUUAUGUAUCAACUGUUGUAAAACCCAACAAUCCUGAAUUAUUUUACGGGUUAAUUGUUGGAUGCUUUUUCGCACCGCCCAUAUUAUUCUCACCCGUUUUGUCGCGUUUUGCUGACAAAACUAGACGAGUGAAGCUUUGCUUGAUAUCAGUGAUUUAUUUGUCAAUAGCCGGGAGCAUUUUAUACACCAUUCACACAUCUCCCUUGUUUCCGUUGUUUGGAAGAUUUUUGAGCGGGUUUACCAUGGCAGUGACACCACUUAUGGUUUCAGAAGUUGCAAGAUCAUACCCUAAAGAAAAGGUGUCACAAAAAUUGAUGAUGAUUAAUGGUAGUCGUUUAAUAGGUUACGCCUGCGGGCCAUGCAUUUCUAUAUUUUGUUUCAAAACAGAUUUUUGGAUUGGAAGUAUUCACAUAACGUAUGCCAAUGUUAUUGGACCUAUUCUCUUUGUUAUUUGCUGCAUAAUACUGGUUGUUGUAUUAAUUUUUACGCAUGAUUUAUCAAGAGAAUAUGACAUGAAAGCAGAAUCCAUGGAGAGAAAGAAUAUACCUUCUGCAUCAGCAUUCAGCACAACAAAAAAGAUUUUUCAAACUAAAGACACUCUCCUAAUGAUCAUUAUCUGCAUAUUUUUUGGGAUAAUGGACCAAAUAAAUUUCCGUAUAUUACCCAUGAUUGUUAUCACAAGAUUAAACUUCAGUUAUUCAGUUCUAAAUAUUCUGUUAAUGGGUGUUGCGUUCGCCAACAUGGUUCUUGUUGCAUUUCUACUAUCUUGGAGAAUUUCAAACAAAGAGGUGUAUUAUACUGGUAUUAUAAGUUUGAUGUCUGUAAUUCUGACAUCUUUGCUGUUAUUACUGCUCUACUAUCGAGUUGGACACGUUACUGGAUGGUAUGUGAUGUUGAUUGCCAACCUUCUUUGCAACGUAGUGUUUUUUCUUUCCGAUCAAACAUUUGCAGUGAUUGUGUGCGCAAAAUUGGCUCAUUCAUGCAAUCAAGGAUUCUUGGAAGGUGUUCGUUUGUUUUCUAUACAAAGUGGACGAGUUGUUGGAGCUAUAUGCAUAGGAAUGUAUUACAGCCACAUGAAGUUUUUUUAUCCUUCAACGACAGCAUUGUCAAUUAUGCUCUUGACAUUGUUGAUAUUGCGAAGAAAAACUCUUUCGAAUCCCGUGCCAGUUAUAUAACUCUCAAGUUGUCGUACAAAUAAUUAAUGAUGUAUAUAUGUAAGGUAAUAUACACUAGUAUCAUUAAAUAUGUUUUCAAAACCAUGCCGUUAUUAACAAAUAUUGGAACAGGUUCUCAAUAGUAAUAACAAUGCUAAGAGAACUUAUUUUCCUUUCAUUUAUUUUCUUUAAGUCUUGCGGGUUAAUUCAAAGCAUGAGUAUUACAAUUGGGGUAGUGUUUGGGAUGGUUGGUUAGAGCAGUGGUUGGGGUAGCUUUUUUGAUAUUUGAAGCGUAUAUUUUGUGAAUAUUCCUUACAGAUUUAAAACGGCUUUUAGCUCACUUGACAUAUUGAAUUUCGACCCAGUUAUCAAAAAAAAAGGUCAAUAUUUACCUUUUGUUUUCAACGUGUAGCGCCGCCACAUCUAAUUUUGUAUAAUAAUUUGCAGACCACAUGCUUUACGCCGCUAAAUAUUUCUUUUGAAACUGAGCCGCUGUGUGAAGUUAAUCACUGUGGAUACAAAGACAAGCAAUGUUAUAUCACGGGGUGAUUCUAUAGUAUGGUUACCAGGUGUACAAUACAACCAAUUUUUGA